UAUUUUUAACAAACUAAGUAGAAAUAUAACGUUGGUACAUAAAAGUUAUAUUCCGGAGGAUGAUUUCAAUAAGAAGCGCUGUUAUGAUUUAAAUUACUGGUUAUAUAAUGAAGUAUACAAAAAUCUUCAAUCAUCAGAGAAUGAUCUUGUACACUUUAAUGAGAUUACUACUAAGCUUAAAGGCGUAUGGAAAAAUAUCGUCGAUAAUGCGUUUAAAAAUAACGAUUAUGAAUGUUAUCCAGAUGAAAAGUUACUUGUUAACAUGGGGUUCUUGCAAGAAAUUAAGGAUUUAUUUGAUUUUUAUGAAGAUUUUAAUGAAAUGAAAAAGGAAAUCAUUGCUAAUACGUACAAAUCAUGCUUUAAAUAUUCUGAUUACCUUAAACAAAGAAUUCCAGUUUAUUAUACGUGGAGAGACUCAUGUAAAGUGGAAGAUUUUGCUUGUAAAAGAUACAUCGAUGAUUAUAUGAAAUAUCGACCUGCGGGUAUUGUGCCAGAAUUAAGCUAUUUUACUGUUAUCUUAACUUAUCCUGGUAAUCCAUGUUAUUCAUCAGUUUAUGAUUUAUUUGUAUAUGCAAAAGAACAGCCUAAACGUAAUGAUGAUAUAUAUAGGAGAAAAAUGGAAAAGCUUGCAAAGGAAAAUCCAAGAGGUAAUUUACUUUCAACUGAUAUGGGAGAGGGAUUACGUGGAAGUGAAUUUUUUAUUCCGGGUGAUCAUGAUGACUAUUGGUUACGUCUAAGGUGGGAUAUAUACAAAUAUAUAGCCUACGACCUCUCGCCACCUAUGCUUGGUAUAGCGGGAGUGUUCCUAAUUUUGUAUGCUUUUUAUAAGGUAAACAUAUAA